GAUCAGCUGAUGCAGAUCGCGCCAUCGAGAGUUCGGUCAAUUGCGGCGCGCGUCCGUAGGACGCAACAGUCUCCGCGGAAGCAUCGUCUACUGGGAGUCCUGUCUGACACGCAUUAUGCGCUCGAUUUUCAUGUUAUGUCCAGAAUUUCCGUCGCAUGAUAACGACGACUGGCCGGAUGAUAACGACGUAACAUGGUGUAUAACGAUAAGAAGUCGAUGUCACGUUUAAUGAAAUUCGUCAACAAGUUCAAUUGCUUCUAUUUGUCAGGUCUAUUUGGAAUUCGGAAAUAUGGAGUGGAUAUAAACGGCUAUGUAAUGGAUCCUGUCAAGGGCUUGUCAAUAUGGUUACAAAAGCGUUGUCCGAAUAAAUAGACAUGGCCGGCGUAUUGGGAUAGUAUGGUGAGUGGUGGAUUGAAUGUUGGUUAUGGUAUAAAUGAAACCGAAAUAAAAGAAGCUGGCGAAGAAGCUGGUAUUCCGAAUCAUCUCAUUGUUAAGCUUAAGAGCGCUGACUGCGUAUCGUUCUUCUUUGAAAGUGAGAGGGGUUUGUUUCCCAACAUGGAAUUUGUAUAUGAUCUUGAACUGCCGCCCGAACUUUGGACCGAACAGUAGUGAUGAAGAAGUAGAGAUCUCCCAGAGGGGAGAGGGGGUGAUAUUUUCACUCGUCAAAUAACAAGUUGUAUACAUUCAGAGCCCAAUCACACGUAUUAUCCAGUAUUCUGCAGACCACUUCGUACUUCGACAUUCUGAACGGACGUGAAGCGCGAGUUUGUACCGAGUGAUUCGGUAUAUUCAAGUUUGAUAAUUAUGUCACUUGAGAUAACGCUUUACUUUAUAAUAUCAUUUCACUUCAACUUGAUAAUGUGACAAGAAUUAAAAUAACAAGUUAACUUAA